AUCAGUGAUAGGGAAUGGCGAAUGCCUUUAAAAAUGUUUUGUAAACACGGAAUGCAUUAGAAUACGGUAUCUGACUUGGAGUUAAAGUGUUAAAUGGUUUCGUAAACGGACAUUCAAGUAAUAGGUUACUAUUUUCAUAUCGGUGUGAAUGGUUUUAUAAAAGGUUCAGGAUACUGGUCAAUGGAUCUUUCCGUUGUUAAAAGUGGACACUGAAAUCGAUACAACUUACAGAAAAUGUGGUGGAACUAACUUACUAUUUUCGGAAAAAUCAUACAGGAAUAAAGAUACAUGUAACAGUUUAUGUGGCACCUUUUCUGUUUGUGGACGUUAUUCCAAGUGAAUAUUUUUGUGGAACGGGUAUCUAGUGAAACUCUGUGAAACCAUGAGUGCCCUUCUUCGAAUAGGACCCAUGGCUAUUUCAACACCAAAGAGGAGGAACGGAUGUUACUAACAUUUUCUCUCAUAUAAAAUGUUCUAUACAGUAUGUGCAAUUAUUGUAGACACAAGUGUCAAAUGCUAUUGAAAGUUUCUUUUCGAAUUAUCUCUGAAAUGGACGGAACUAGCUAGGGUACUGUCAGUAUUUGACGAUGUACAACCGCUCUUUGUUAUGCCGGUGAGCUCAAAACCACUGCGAGGGAAAAGGCCGCCGCCCAUUCUCGCACCCAAACCCUUCAACAAUACCCGGAAGUUGGCAUGGAGGUCGGUGGAUGCAUCCCCGACACAAGAUGUGAUCACAAUCGGUGUCGAAGAGGAGCAGACACUCGCUCCAUCCCUUCCACCAAGACCAAGACAGUCCAUACUGCGGCAAAAAUCCUCAGAUUCAUCCAACGGGCAGCAAAAGCCACCCCCUACAGUUAAAUUCAGUGAAGACUUUCAGGACUUUGAAAAUCCCCCACCACGUCCAACUGCCUUAAGCAAGAGAAGAGGGGGCGAUUCUGACGAUGCUUGUUUCUCUAAUGGACCUAUCGGAGCGAUGGCUGGUGCUGACGAAAAUGUCGGGGCCAGACGAAAACCUCCCCGACCCGCCACAAUGAGCAACGCCCAGGCACUGAGAGAAUGUGAGGAACAUACAGACUGGGCCAAUGAAGUUCUCACCAGGCACAACCUACCAAUAAUAUCUGACCUACGUACCAGCAUCGGGGACGGAUAUACGCUACCCACCAUCCUCGAAAUUAUCAGUGGCGUUUCAUUGCGAUGUGUUGAGACGAGCCCACAAACAAAGGAAGCGCGUGUGCGUAACAUUCGUAACUGCCUGAAGUUUGUGUGUAAACGCGGCGUUGACAUCACAGAUAUCCAGCCUGACGAGAUAGAAGAUGGACAUUUGAAAACCGUUCUGCUACUGAUUGGCAAUAUUCGGAAACAUUUUCAGAAUGGAUACAAGCCGGAGUGCAAUGGUUUCACAUCGCCUGUAGAGGAGAGUGGGGCAAGCGUGAUGCCCGGGGCUGUACGUCUCCCUGGGGCCGUCCCCACCCCCUUCAUGGGGGGCCAGCAUACAGGACAUGGUGGAGGGGAACCUUUAUCUCGGUCUGGUUACCAUGACAACAAUGACCUGUUGCUGGGGACGAUGCGGCUGGAACCAAAUGGCGAUGGAAACAACAACAACAAACCUCACAACAAUAUUAUUUCUACAACAGAGAUUGGAGUAAACGGUGUAGCCCAACAUGGGGUGGAUGAGCGCCGUACCCACCUGGGGGCUGGGGGGUAUAGGGGUGGUGUUAUCCGGCACCCCAAUGCACGCCCCCUCACCCAGCCUACCCAGGAAAGCCCUGGCGCCCCUCCUACAUCAGCACACAGAGCAUGGACUGGCAGUCCUCUUAACAAUGCACAAAAUAAUAAUGGUGUAAUGACAAGUCCGACUGUUGAAGAGCGACUUCGACAACUAAUUGGGAGCAAGCAGUCUGGAGGGUCUAAGGGAAAUGGGGGCUACCCGGGCGGUGGAGGGUUUUUCCAUGGUGGUGGGAGUGAGGUUUUCGACAGUGACGGGGAAAUGUUGGUGGUUCCCCCACCCACUAGCCGCAAAUCUCCAGACUUUGACUCGGUCAUGUACUCUCAGUAUAAUUACGGGCCUGGUUAUCGGGCAGUGACCGAUAGCUCACAGGGGCCCCAGCAAGGCUAUGUGCCAUCAAAACCAUCAGAAAAGCGUGAAGGAUCCCGUGCUGAUAUCAUUCGUUAUCGACCUCCAUCUGCUGUAGCGUUUCGUCAACAUGCCCCGGCAGCCCAGAUAGCAAGCUCCGUUCCCCGUGCGCGACCCUCAUCAGCAACUGGUAGUCUCAUGACUAACAUGUACAACGGCGGGGAAAACACAGAGUUUAACCAGGAGAAUGGGCCGAAUUCUGUUCCCAUGGGAAAUAGAGCCAGUGAUGUACGGCCCACGGGAAAUAAUACUCCGGGGAAAGGCUUGAGUGGUGGUCGUGCCAACAGCAGCGACUUACGGAAUGCCUGGAACCGCCUGUAUGGAGGGAGCCAACCUCCACCGUAUGUUUCUCCGGCAAUGCGCAGGGCUACAACACAACAACAGGUUCGUUCACAGUCACCAGCGAGUCGGCCAGUGUCUGCUCCAGCCCCCGCUCACAUGCAGGCUCAUUACCAGCAAGAGGUCAAAGGUCAAGGCAAUAGCCCUCAGACUGGUUUUCAGCCAGAGGUCAGCAGGGGUCACAGCAAUAAUCUGCUGACUGGUUUACCUCAUGAGGUCAAAGGCCAUAGCAAUAACACCCCGAGUGGGUUGCACAAUGAUAUUAGGGGUCAUGGGAAUUUUCCACAGACUGGUUUUCAGCCAAAUGGUAAUAAAGGUCAUAUCAAUUCCCAGACUGGUUUUCACUCUGAGCUAAGGGGUCACAGCAAUGGGCAGACUGGUUUUCAGCCCGAAGUGAGGGUUCAGGUUGACCCUAGGGCACAGUCAACUUCCCAGCAUCGUGAAAGCCCUAUGGGUCAAAGCUCCAGCACGCAGGGUCACCUUAACGAGUCCUCGUCUAGUCAGCAAAGUAGGCUCUCUGAGGAAAUUACAAAUCAUGACCCUCAAGGACAUGGUGGUAUGGAUGGAAAUUUGAGGAAAUCGAGCGAGAGUUCACACCAAAGUUUUGGCCAGGCUAGUCCUGGAAGUCCAGGUAGCCCAAAUUACGCAAUUGGGCCGGCGUCAAAGUACCCAGAAUAUCACAGUAGUCGGCCAUUGUCAGCAAGAAAACCUCCGGCAUUACCGUCGCGUUCUCCACAGAGGCCAGAUAAACUUGUGUUGACUCAGAGGAAUAACCUUCAUAGUGAACUUGGUGGUAAAAAUGAUAGGAGAACAGCUAACAGGUCGUUUGCAGAAUACGGUGAUAGGGCGCCUAGCCCUAGUGUUCAUAGGAGUAAUAAACAUACAAAGGAUCUAACAACUGCUCUCCAAGCCGCCAGCAAGGAGCAUAGACAUAAUCUGGACUUAUCUCGAGAUUUCUCUCAUAACAAAUCUCAUGACUUAUCUCAGGAGAUGCAGACAUGCAGCAUUUUUGACUACAAUGUGCCAUCACGGAGCGAGAGUACGGGGUCGAUAACUCCGCCUCUGCCCCCACUGUCACCCGCUAAUUCCGAUUCUCCGACAGAAGAAUUUCCAUCCAAUCUUGCACGAUCUACGAGUGCGAGUAAUCUAAGAAUGCCAGAUCAGCACGCAGUUGAGAGCCAGUUGAGAGAUGGGCGUAAACCUCGCAGAACGUCGGAGUUGAACUUCAGGAUGGAGAGAAAAUCUCAUGGGAAGAAACAGAAGAAAAACUUAAAAUCGAAAGGUGCUAAUUUAGUGGAUGUUCGAGAAUCUGAUUCAGAGAGCAACCUGUCCUUUGACAUCGAUAUUGACAACACAAUACUCACAGUGGAAUCUCACGACACAGAGCAACUAAACCCUGCAGGGAUGGGUGCGGGCCUACCCCAGACACGGGAUACACCAUUGCGACACCCUGCUGGGGACAUCCUCACGACACGGGAGUCCUCUUCUCUCCAACAUCAAAUGCAUAGCCUUGAGAACCGCUACCUCGAUCUCCAGACACGCGUGCAGGGAGGGCACCCGGGUCAUGGUCCGCCGGCUAUCGGUCGGCAGCGCAGGUGGAGCAUUGGUAGUUCUGAUACUAGCUCAUUCCGACGGGAAGCUCGUUUCAAACCAGGCAAACAGCUACACCAUAAACAUCAAUCCCGGGAAUUCAAGAACAUAAACAAGCGUUUCCAGCGUCUGGAAUCACACGUAGUUACGCUGGCCCGUAGUGUAGCUCACCUCUCCUCGGAGUUGCGAACACACAACACAGUGGUGACAGACCUGGAGGGCAUUAAACGCCAGCUAGCCGAUCUGUCCCAACCUUCGAAGGGUCAAGGUCAUACUGGGACGGUCAAUGCCCGUACGGACCGGGAGAUCUUCAGGGAAUGGGCUCCCGGGCUCACAAACCCCAAAAGGGUUAACAAACUUACAAAGUUCUUUGGAUCGGAGCCACCGUUACUGGAGUUGUUCUUGAAACAGCUUGGCUAUGAGCGAUACGCGAUCAACUUUCACUCAGAGCAUAUUGGGAUGAUUGAGCUGCCGUAUAUGACGGAAGACAGGCUUGAGAAAAUAGGGGUUCCCAUGGGGCCACGAAUGCGCAUUCUACAAGAGGCUAAACAAUGCUUCAGGGAUGACAAUAUGGACGUCUACAUUGUUUGAUAGUAGUUGGGGGAUGGGGAUGUUCAAUAUGGAUCUGCUCUGUCCGGUUGUCUGCUUUGUUGUAAAAAAUUUGAGCGAAGGCUGAAAAUAGUUAAUUAUAAAUGGCAUUAUACAAAUAGUCCAAGCUUUUUAGGUUCCAAUUUGCUUGUGUUAUAUCCCAGGAAGUCUUAAGACAAAUCUGUAGCGAAACUCAAAAGCCUCGUGUUUGAAAUUUAGACAAGCUCGUACUUCGUAUUGAAAAGUAUCACUGUUUAAAUUUUAUAUUGUGUUAGUCCAAUAAUUUGUUUUUUAAAAUGAUAGGUGUUAAUAACUGUUAAAAGCACGAUUUACCUCAAGUUUUGCAAAUAUUAAAAUCCACUAUUUUGUUUUACGCUGUGUGGGUUUUUCAAGGGCAGUUACACAUUACUCUGUAUUGCCAAAACUCAAUAACAUAAAAGGUCAAUAACCGAGUUAUGAAAUCCAUGACAAAUAACCAUUCCAUGUUAAGGUAAGGGACACAUAUUUUCUGAUCUUGUACUAGCUAAACAGGUAGUUUGGCUAGUCAGAGAAAGACACAUGUUGAGGAAAUAUUUCACUUUUCUAGUGGAUCGGGUAGCCAGUGGCUGGUCAGUGGAGUCCAUGGUUAAGAUUAUAAUGAUUAAUUAAAGUAGAAAACAUGAGUUCAGAACAUGACAGAGUUGUACAACUUGUUCUUAAAACAUGGCUACAUCUGUAGAUCUUAAAUGCCUUGUAUAAAUAUUAAAUGCUCAAUUAACAACACCUACACACCCAGGAACACUCUGGUAUAUACAGCGAUUGAGUUUCAACUGGUAUCCAUUAAAGUUUUAGCCAAUGCUGUGCAACUGAUCAUUUAGUAGCCACUAAAAUAUACACUCCUUUUAGCAAUCAUUUAUAAUUGAAUUCAAUCAAACAUGUGCAAGUUGAUUGUAAUAAAACCUCAAUUAUUAGUUUAUUAUGUAACCUUUAUAGCAUUGCAGACAUAAUAUUAUAGGGAUCUCAUGUUGUCCAGCAUCAUACUUUCAAGUAUCCUCUCUCACUUAUACAUUUUUUAUUCAAUCUUUACUCAACUUGGUUAGAAGUUUAUUGGCAUAAUAUCUCAACCAAGUUUAAUACAAAGCCAAAAUCACACAUUGAACUCCAGAGAAAUGGCCUUUUAAACUUAAAAAAAUUCAUCUCUCCAAGCAGGCAACAAAGUCAAUACACAGGAUUUUAGUUUUAACCAGUGUACAUGUAUAUGCCAUGCUGAACAAUGUUCUUUUACUUUGUUAUGACUGAUGGCAUGCCCUUUAUUUUUGCCCAAGUUGAAGUGAUGUACUGUACCCAUUAUUUUAUAGUUAAAGCCACAUGAUUCAACUUUGAUCUCUUCAAGUUUUGUGAUUUCAUACAACUGGAUUUAGAUAUAUUUUUUCUGUACUUUUUAUAACCAUGACUUCACAAGUGUAUACAGUGACUACAUAAAUAUUAAAUUUGACUUGGUAAAAUGUCCUUGUUUUGAUGGUGCGUUCAUCUUUCCAUUUAACACAAAUAACACUUUCAAAAUACAGCACAGUGGCUUUUUUUCUGAAGAUCUAAUCAAGUAUACAAACAUUUGAUAUAACCGAAAUACAAAACAUGUCAAAUUAAACCCAAAAUAUUUGAAAAAAGUUUGACAUACCUGUAACCUGAAUAUCGAGAUAACAGAGUUCAACUGUAUUAUCAUACAUAUAGGUAGCCUAGGUAAACUGAUUAAGAUGAAUAUUUUUCUAUAUUUUUACCUAUGUUUAAAGGCUAAUUAGGCAAGUUAAUGGCUUGACUCACUGUAUAAUCAUGCAAUGAAGUAUAUUUUAGGUACAUGUAGUAUAACCAUUCAUUCCAUAAUCUACAAAGACCUCUGUGAUAACAUUAACUGAACAUAUAUUUAUUUGUGUGUGUCCAUAAUGUAUCAUGUGCUUUUAUACUUUUUAUAUUUGUUGUGCCUAUUUAUUGUACAUGUAUUGUUUGUGUUUAUAUCAAGACCAUAAUUUGUGGGGUCAACGCUACAAAGUUCCAAAGGUUCUGCUCAUACAUGCCAUAUUUCUGGAUACCAUUCCAGGGGAUUUGUUCAGAAAGGCUGAAAAUUCAGGGGGAUUUUGGUUGUUAUCAGCUAUCAAUUGUCGAAAUAUCAAAAUAAUUUUAGACGCACUAUGAAAAAAUGUAUUCACAUAUAGUUAUUGCUAUGAAAACCUUUACCUUUUUGGACAUACAAAAGUAUUUUAUAUAUCAUCAUAUUUUUAUGAAACUGUCAUGUCAUACUGUUAUGCACUUGCAGAAAAAAUAUGUCAUGGGAAAAAUAUGUUUUUUUGAGACAAUAAAUUUGGCUUACCUUCCUCCAAAUUCUGCUUACUAUCAGCAAUGAUGACUUUCAGACAAUAAGAGAAUGGAAUAAAUAUUAUCAACUUCUUCCAUUUUCCAAAUAGCAAUAUUUAUUUGCCCUUGGUCAUUGUUACACAAAUAAAAUUUAUAAUUUCAUGUAAAAGUUUCUUAUGGCAUUUAUCAAGUUUUUUUUUAAAUAUUCAUUGUUAUUCAUGAAGUAAUUUUCUCCCUUGUGGAGUUGUUUGUUUACAUUCAGUUUUACACACAUACUUUAGUUUCGCUUUGUCAUCAUUACAUGAAAAAUUUCUCUUAAAAAGUUAAAUAUAUAUUUAUUUAUUUUUAAUUCCGGGGGAUUUUUUUCCCUGCUGGGAGACCAGGGGAAGGAUCGGAAUUACGGGGAAUUUCAUCUAUUUUUUAAUGUCACUUGGUACCUUAUGGCAUUGACCCCACGAUAUUGUUUGUUUCAUUUUUGAAGCACAUCAGGGGUAUUCAUAAAACAUCUACUUAAGUCAUUAUCCUAACUUAAUUCACUUUUUUUCUAAGUUAAGUAUGUCACUGUUCAUAUGAUAAAAUAUUGUAAUAUUAUCUAAAUUACUCUAUUUUAUCAAUACUUUUAUGUAAUAAACACACCCACACUUAUAAGGUUGAAAACAUUUGUAUUUUUCUUUAAAUUUGACUAUUAAAAUUUCAGAAAAUCGACUCAAGUUAAGAAAUGACUUGAGAUGUUUUAUGAAUACCGGCCUAGAUUUGUACCAUUUUAUUUUCAUUGUGAAUUGUUAGCUUCCAUGAAGAAACUUAUUUAUAAAGUAAUAUUUAAUAUUUUUAAAAUGUCUCAAUUAUUAUAAUUAUCUUAUAAUAAAUGCAUUUAUAAUGAAUAUCUGUUCUUUUAUUUUCCAAGAAGUUUCAUGUUGGCAAAGUUGAGCAAGGGACUCCAGAAAAAAUAUCAUUUAUUUCACAAAUGAGAAAAUGGAUAAACAUUACAACCCACAACAUGACAAAGACUCGACCUAGGUGAUUUAGCUUGGAAAAGUGAGAUUGCUUAGAUAAGAUGCUAUUAGAAACAUCCUUGUAAUGUAAUGGUUGAUCUAUAUGUAUACUUAAAUACAUGCCUCAUUUAUCCUGUGACAUGACCUAAUACAUGUUAUUGAAUAUAUUCAUGUAAUAGAGUGAUCAGAAGCGUAUUCAAUAACCAAUUUAGGUUUAAGAGAAAAAUUGGAGUGUUUUGAUUGGAUUGUAAGAAUAACUGGCCAAUAGAACUAAUGGAAUCACUGAGGCAUGUCUAAGGAUAAGAAUGAUAAU